AUACAUUCUGAUGGAUCACCUCUAGUAAAGCCACAACGUGAAGAAAUAGUUGAAAAUUCUAAAAUAUCAGAUGGCGGAGUCAAAAACAUAGAUGGGAAGCCAUUCUCUCCAUCUUCUGAAGGAGUGCACAAAAGAGUGUUUGAUUUAUGUACAGAAAAUGCAACCACUAACGAUAUUUCCUCGUCCACCGGCCCAAAACUCUCGACCUCAGAUACCAACUCAGAUAUUCUAUUUUAUCUUGAAAAUAUUCACGGCCAAGCACCUGCAACCCCAGAUGCUGAUUCAAAAUUUAAAUUACCUUCCCAUCGACGAUCUGCUAGCCAUAGUGGUCGCUUUUUUAAUCUGAAUACACGAGAAUUUGGUGAGGUUGCCACUAUGGUUGUUGAACAUGCUGAGGAACUGAUGAUGCAUCUUUGGCAAAAAGGCUGGAGACUUGUUCACCAUCACAGUUUGCCCCAUUGGCUUAAGGAUAACGAAUAUCUUCUACGUGGUCAUCGGCCUCAAUUGCCAUCUUUCCGCUCAUGUUUAUGUUUUUAUGGAUCCAAUGACACUUUUCAGUAA